CUGACUCCAUAUUCCAACAAUUGUUAUAGGCAACCAGGGGCACCUCAGGGUGCAUACAGGUCCUUUCCACUCCAUCCCUUCUGUGACCAUGGCCGAAGAUGCUUAGUAGUAAUGACUUCAAGCAGACUUGAGGAGGAAAACGGAUACGCCAAUGGAAGGGUCCAAAUACGAAGUGCCAUUCCUCAGUUACCUCUUACAAGCCAGGGCCUGCCGCCCCCAUUCUGUCACGUCCCCGUAGUGUUUUCCUUUUCCAUCUUUAGCUCUUCUCUUUUCCCAUCACCAACCCUCCCUCCAUGAUGCCACGAAGACCCUAUUUAUUUUGUACUUUCUUCCCAGUCCGCUCUAAUUCAUUUUCCUCCAAUUUAUUUGCCAAAGGAAACAGUUCUUAGUUCUAUUGAAAGUCUCCACCCUCGGUUUUACCAACCCACCCCAAACCCCAGUCUCCCUCUAAAUAGGCAUCUGGUCCCGCCUUUUAAAAUCUCUCCUGAGAUCUCUCAUGCCUUCGCUCCCACGGAGGUAUCUGGACUACCCCUCCCACCACCAGCUUCCCUUCAUCACUCCCAAAUUCUUGUGGUUUGCAUUCUUUUCAACACCAAUCACCCCUUAAACGCUUAUCUCUUCCAGAAACAUCGGUCUAUUAGUAUGUCUUCAUCUUUUUAUCCUUUUCCGUCCAGGUCUCCAAACUUCCAUCGUAUUCUCCCCGAAACGCCCCUACACACCUCCAGUCUAAGGCUCUGGCCCUUCCUCUCCAUCUUCCCAAUUCAGCCCCAUUAUCCCAGUCUCUACUUCAGUGCCCCCUCAAACUCCUCCCACUCCACCCCUGCCACAGCCCCUCGCCCCCAAACUUCUCCAGCCUCCCCACGUCUGCCCUCACAGCCCACAGCCCCUCCCAGCCGGCCCUCUCUCGCGCCGGGCCCGCGAGCUCCCCACGCUCUGCGCCGCGAG